AUGCCGAAGGUCGAGUACCGCACCGUGAACGAAAAGGCCCUCGAGGGGCAACGCGCGCUCGACCUCGCGACGGGGGCCCGACCGGUCAACGAGGAGGGGAAGGCAGCGGGUCCCCCGGAUGACGGGACGCCCCAACCCCCUAAACCCCUUGGCCCUUCCACGGCAACCUCAUCAGGGACGCCCCAUCAUUGGCCCGCCGCGGAGCUCCUCGGGGCGAUUGGGCUGCCUUGCCCUGAGCUUCCCGAUGCGGAGAAAGUGAGAGGCCUGGGCGUCCCGCCGCAGCCUCUAGAAAAAGAAGUAUCCCCCUCCUCCUCUUUCUCAGCCUCGUCCGAGGGAGACGACUUCGAGUAUGAGGACCUCCGCCAGGUCCAGCGGCGUCGGCGAAAGGAGGCCGCGGAGGAGCGGCACCGCCGAAAGCGCCGGAGCCCCGACCGCCGCCAGGAGCGCGUACCGAACCGGCGGCAUCACCACCAAAGCCGCCGCGCGGAUCAAUACGGCGACGCCCGCAAAGGCCGAGAGCGCCGCGACCGUGAUCGAGGGGGGGAAAAAGCGGCGAAGGGUGGGCGUCGCUAUGACCUCAAGCGCGAUCACGCCAAGAGAGAGGAUGAUCGACGGAGACGACACUAA